AAUUGUUUCCUAAGGUGUAAAUCUCUAUAUACAAAAAGGAAAUACACAUCAGCAGUGACCGCUUACUUAAAAUGUCAAACUAUAAACGUAUGGUAGAAAUUCUAUUUGCUUCAGUAUGAUAAUUUAGAAAUUAUUGUUACACGUGAAUCAUGAGAAAAUUGAAUUUGGGUUAAUUGAUUUUAAUCUGCAUGCAUGCCUGUUUUCACCUGUGAUUACUAAUCAUAAUUGUUCAGUUUAAAUCUGUCCACGAACAAGGCUGAUAAAAGCAGCAGAGAGUCUCCUACAACUUUCUUUUUCAUUCCGCCAUCAUUCCAUCGUACGGAAGAAAAUCAACACAAGUGAAAGAAAACUGAUGGAGAGUUCCAAAGGUUCUACAAUGGACAAAGAGCUUCAAAGAAUUAAUACACAACAACUCGAGUCGAAAAUUAACGCUUGGAGAGAAAGAGAAAAGGCAAAAGUAGAUCACAAAGCGGAUCGAAAGAUGGCUGAAACUCAGUCCUGGCAGGAGGAAAUGAAAGCAUGUAACGAGGCCAAAUCAAAAAUGAUUGAGGUAAGUGCAGAGAAACUGAAGAAACUGAAAAUAGAACAACUGAAAAAUAAGGAAGCUCAAGUUCAGAAGACGGUAGCAGAGAAAAAGGCAUCCAUCGAAGCUCAACGUGAGAAAGGGAAAAUUGCCAUUGAUGACAAGGCUGAAAAGUAUCGUGCCACUAAUACUCUUCCCAAGACCUGUUUUGGUAUUUGUAAAAAAUUAUAACUUCUUUUCAACAAAGACACAGGGGGGGAGUCAUUACCCUACUGGAUUGAACUAAUUUAAAUAAACAGAAUAAUAAUAAAUCAAAUGAAUUGGAUCUUUUUAACUUAA